UAUAUACACGUCUUUUAGUAUUUUUAUUUUUACUUUGGGCUUUGGUGUGAUUAAAUUGUAUUUAAUAAGUGCAUGCUUUUUGCUUGCUAAUUAUCCUCUGCUGGCUUCUACUUUUUAUUGAUUUCUAACUAAUGCUUCCAUGUCAGUUUUCUUUCUUUUGAUAUAUGGCUACAUCUUAGCCACGUUUCAACUUAAAAUGAAAGGUACUGUUACAAAAAGGUCUGAGUCUAAUUACUUGGAAUCAUUAGGUUUUUCUGAAAGCUAAAUGCUCACAGCUACGAACAUUUGCGCUUUACUUGCAACUUUUUGUGAUAGAAUAACACAAAGUAGUGCACAUUCACAAAGUGAACAGCUUUCAGUAAUUUCCACUUACAAAAGUGCAGUGUGUGUUUAUAUUGAGCCUUCUGAAUCGGUACUCUGUAGACCCACCUUUUGUUGCAAUGACAGCUGCAAGUCUUUUAGGUUCAGCUUCUGGCGGCUUUGCACUUCUAGAGACGGAAAUGCUUCCCUGUUCAUCUUUGCCAAAUUGUUCAAGCUCAGCCAAAUUCGACUUAUGGCAUCUGUGAAUGUCAAUUUUUAACCAUGAAUUCUUAAUUGGAUUUUGAUUUAAUGGUCCGGACUUUGACCGAACCAUUCAAACACGCAGGUAUGCUUUGAUCUAAACUGCCUCUGUAGUCCUGGCUGUAGGUUUAUCAUUUUUCUACUUAAAGAGGUUCCUUUCCAGUAUGUUUACUGUGACUAAAUUACACUCAUGUGAAACUGUACUGGUUUUGUGACUUCAGAAGGCUUAGUUCCACUGGAUUUUAUUCAUGGGUAUCAGAGCCAAAUGGGGCUGAAUACACUCAAAAAACACUUAAAAAAAUUUUUUUUCAGCUUUUUUCACUUUCAAAUUUGACAGGAAGAAAGAGUAGGUGCAUACAUUUGUGCAGGAUUACUAUUGUGAAAUCUCAAGCUGUGGAAGGUUUUUUUUGUGUGUGUGUGUGUGUGUGUGUGUGCAACUCAAAGCUACAGUCCAGGGGUUUUGCAACUUCAGUCCUUGAUUGUCCUUUGGAUGCAAAAGUUGCAGGACAGUGACUCAAACAAAUGGUUAAUGAUCAGUCAUUUGCAAAACUUCCUGAUAUGCCAAAGAUGUAUUUCAGCCUUUUGAUUCAUGAGCGUUGGAGAGGGAUGCAUCCAAAAGCUGCGGGACAGUGACACUCGUGGACUGGAGUUGCAAACCCACGCUUUAAUCAUUAAUAAGUAAAUAUGGAGAAGAAGAAAAAUCUAAGUGCUACAGCUUCUUUCAGAUGCUUUUGCUAUAAGCAGAUUUUUGGAUUUUCUUUUUCUAACCAGACUUAUGCCACUGGAUGAAGUGUUGUAACAUUCAGACAAGAGCGUGUCACUGUUAAACUUGCUUCUAUUUAUAAAUUGCACCCGCCUACGCGCUCCAUAUUUCUGUCCUGCACCCAGUAUGUAUCCGGUUGGUGGGAUAUCUGCAAGCAUAUACGCCAACAGGCUCCGGUCAGAGGGCAUGGGUUCCAAUGAGCAGGCCGUGCACUUUGCCAGCCAGGACUAUGAGGCUCUGAAGCAGGAGUGUGUGGAGGCGGGCUGCCUGUUUGAGGACCCCUGCUUCCCCGCUGAGCCCCCAUCUCUGGGCUUCAAAGAGCUUGCACCCUAUUCAUCUAAAACCAGAGAUGUGGAGUGGAUGAGACCCACGGAACUGACAGGGGACCCGCAGUUUAUUGUGGGCGGAGCCACCAGAACGGACAUCUGUCAGGGUGCUCUUGGCGACUGCUGGCUCUUGGCGGCCAUUGCCUCUCUGACCCUGAAUGAGAGGCUCCUUCAUCGGGUUGUUCCACACGGCCAGUCCUUCCAAGAUGACUACGCUGGAAUCUUCCACUUUCAGUUCUGGCAGUUCGGCGAGUGGGUAGACGUCGUGAUUGACGAUCGAUUGCCUGUCAAAGACGGAGAGCUCAUGUUUGUCCAUUCAGCUGAGGGCAAUGAAUUUUGGAGUGCACUCCUAGAGAAAGCUUAUGCCAAGCUAAAUGGCUCUUAUGAGGCUCUCUCUGGAGGAAGCACCACCGAGGGCUUUGAGGAUUUCACAGGGGGGGUGUCUGAGAUGUACGAGCUGCGUAAGGCUCCCAAAGAUCUCUACAGGAUAAUCAGUAAAGCCUUGGAAAGGGGCUCCCUGCUGGGCUGCUCUAUUGACAUAACCAGUGCCUUCGACAUGGAGGCUGUGACCUUCAAGAAGCUUGUGAAGGGCCACGCCUACUCCGUCACCGCAUUGAAGGAGGUCGAUUACGCUGGCAACGCGGUGCGCCUUAUCCGAAUACGUAACCCCUGGGGCCAGGUGGAGUGGACUGGAGCCUGGAGUGACAAUUCCAGUGAAUGGGAUGAAAUCGACCCAUCUGAAAGGGAAGACCUGCAUCUUAGCAUGGAAGAUGGAGAGUUUUGGAUGUCCUUCAGUGAUUUUUUGAGGCAGUUUUCCCGGCUGGAAAUCUGCAACUUGACUGCAGACGUCCUGAGUGAGGACAGCCUCAGUCACUGGAACACCAUGAAGUUCUACGGCACAUGGAGGAGAGGCAGCACCGCCGGGGGCUGCAGGAACCAUCCCAACACAUUUUGGAUAAAUCCUCAGUAUAAGAUCACGUUGCUGGAGGAGGAUGAUGACCCAGAGGAUGAUGAAGUGGCGUGCAGUUUCCUUGUAGCCCUCAUGCAGAAGGACCGGCGCAGAUACCGACGCCAUGGUCAGGACAUGCACACCAUCGGCUUUGCUGUCUAUGAGAUUCCAGAGGAGCACAGAGGGUGCCAGAAUGUGCACUUGAAGAAAAAUUUCUUCUUGAGUAAUUCAUCGUGCGCUCGAUCCGAGACCUUCAUCAACCUCCGUGAGGUGAGCACUCGGCUGCGGCUGCCGCCCGGGGAGUACCUCAUCGUGCCCUCCACCUUCGAGCCUGGCAAAGAGGCCGACUUCGUUCUCAGGGUUUUCACCGAAAAGCAAUCAGAGACAGAGGAAUUGGAUGAUGAGAUAUCUGCUGAUUUUGGAGAUGAGGAGGAAAUAACAGAAGAUGAUAUUGAUGAUUCGUUUAAGUCCAUGUUUGCCCAACUAGCAGGAGAGGACAUGGAAAUCUCUAUUCGUGAGCUCAGGACAAUUCUCAACAGAGUGGUCGCCCGACACAAAGAUCUAAAGACUGAUGGCUUCAGCAUAGAGUCAUGCAGAACUAUGGUCAACCUGAUGGAUAAAGAUGGCAGCGCUCGCCUGGGACUGGUAGAAUUUCAGAUCCUGUGGAACAAAAUCCGAAAGUGGCUGGUCACUUUCAGAGAGUUUGAUAUUGACAAGUCAGGAGCCAUGAGCUCAUAUGAGAUGCGACUCGCUGUGGAAGCAGCAGGCUUUAAACUGAAUAAUCGGUUGCACCAGAUUCUGGUGGCGCGGUAUGCAGAGAAUGAACUGAUUGACUUUGAUAACUUCAUCUGCUGCUUGGUCAAACUUGAAGCCAUGUUCAGAUCUUUCCAGCAGCUGGACAAGGAGGGAUCAGGAGUUGCUGAGAUAAAUCUCACAGAGUGGCUUUAUCUGACCAUGUGUGGAUGAGAAGCCCUAUAGUUUCAAGAGAAGCUGCAAAAAUAUAGUGCCUGCUGUUCUGAGGACCCCUCAGGCUGUGAAACACCCCACCUCAGUGCAAACACAACCUAACAUAGAAGCUUUAUAGGAAGGUGCAGGUGCACUAAAGCCACAUGUGUCCUAGGUAUAUGUUUGAAGAUAUGCAAUACCGCAGCAAAAAAAAAAAAAAGUCAUGUAAAUCAGUCAUCUCCAGUCCUAGAAAAUAGCAGCAUGUGCCUUUGCAUGAUGCACCAGCUGGAAUAUGCACCAUAAUUUGAUAUUUUUAUUUACUAAGUUUAUUUUAAUAUUAUUACUGUCAAGUUAUGUCCUAAUUUUAUGUCAUUUAUUGCUUACUAAAAGCUGCCCCACCAUAUUUUUCCUGUCAAUAUAAUCAUUUUUAGUUUUUUUUAAAUCAAAAAUAAUCACCUCAGAAUUCCAUCAGUAGCUCCUAACUCCCACCUCCAGGUGGCAGUAGAGUCCUAGUUAGUGCCGACUUUUCACUUUUAUGUUAAGAUAGUUCAGUAUUUAAGUUGAAGAAACUUGUUUUGCACUGAAAUUCCUGCUGAAGGAAGCCACCAGUGAUGUCAUCUCACACUAAAUCAUAUUUACUGUAUGUGACAUUAAAAUAACAUAAUUUUUAUGCAAGGGUUGCCUUGUUAACAGCAAUUUUAUGUGCCAUUUUAUGUCAUGUUUUGUGAAUGUAUGUUGUGCCUUCAAUAAAUAUUUACCCCAAAA